AUGUAUCUUUACAGUCUAACUCUUCAACAAGCCACCGGAAUCCUAUGUGCCAUCAAUGGCAGCUUCUCGGGCGGCAAAGCCCAGGAAAUCAUCGUAGCACGAGGCAAAGUUCUUGACCUUCUUCGCCCUGAUGAAAACGGUAAGCUCCAAACCCUCCUGUCCGUCGAUAUUUUCGGUGCCAUUCGCUCCCUAGCUCAAUUCCGCCUCACCGGCGCCCAAAAAGAUUACAUUGUGGUCGGGUCGGACUCCGGUCGCAUCGUAAUACUCGAAUACAAUAAGGAAAAGAACACCUUCGAUAAAAUCCACCAGGAAACUUUUGGCAAAUCGGGAUGUCGCAGAAUUGUCCCGGGGCAAUACUUGGCCAUAGACCCGAAAGGUCGAGCGGUCAUGAUUGCGGCAUGCGAAAAACAGAAACUAGUAUAUGUUUUGAAUAGAGAUACUGCAGCUAGGUUAACUAUUUCUUCACCUUUAGAGGCGCACAAGAGUCAUACUAUAGUUUACUCGAUUUGUGGGGUGGAUUGUGGGUUUGAUAACCCAAUUUUUGCUGCGAUAGAGUUGGAUUACUCUGAGGCAGACCAGGAUCCCACUGGCCAGGCUGCCAAUGAGGCGCAGAAACAUCUGACGUUUUAUGAGUUGGAUUUAGGGCUUAAUCAUGUUUCAAGGAAAUGGUCAGAGCAGGUUGAUAAUGGAGCUAAUUUACUUGUGACUGUACCUGGUGGUGGGGAUGGUCCAAGCGGGGUGCUUGUUUGUGCAGAAAAUUUUGUUAUAUAUAAGAAUCAAGGCCAUCCAGAUGUCCGUGCCGUGAUACCUAGGCGUGAGGACUUGCCAGCUGAGCGUGGGGUUCUGAUUGUCUCAGCUGCUAUGCAUAAGCAAAAAUCAAUGUUUUUCUUCCUUUUGCAGACUGAGUACGGGGAUAUAUUUAAGGUGACUUUGGACCAUGACAAUGAUAGAGUGAAGGAGUUGAAGAUAAAAUAUUUUGAUACAAUUCCAGUGACGUCAUCGUUGUGUGUCUUGAAGUCUGGGUUCCUGUUUGCUGCAUCAGAGUUUGGGAACCAUGCCUUGUAUCAGUUUCGGGCAAUAGGAGAUGAUCCGGACGUGGAGGCCUCAUCAGCUACAUUGAUGGAAACAGAAGAAGGAUUUCAACCUGUAUUUUUCCAGCCUAGGAAACUGAAGAAUCUAGCUAGGAUUGAUCAUGUUGAGAGUUUAAUGCCAGUAAUGGAUAUGAAAGUCAUUAAUCUCUUUGAGGAAGAAACCCCUCAAAUAUUUUCUCUUUGUGGUCGAGGUCCUCGUUCAUCCCUGCGGAUAUUGAGACCGGGUUUGGCUAUCAGUGAAAUGGCCGUAUCGCAGCUACCAGGUGUUCCAAGUGCAGUGUGGACUGUAAAAAAGAACGUUAAUGAUGAAUUUGAUGCUUACAUUGUUGUUUCAUUUCCAAAUGCCACUCUUGUGCUUUCCAUUGGUGAAACUGUUGAAGAAGUUAGUGAUAGUGGGUUUCUUGAUACGACACCUUCACUUGCUGUUUCUUUGAUUGGUGAUGACUCUUUGAUGCAAGUCCAUCCCAGUGGUAUCAGGCAUAUUAGGGAAGAUGGUCGUGUUAAUGAGUGGAGAACGCCAGGGAAGAGAACGAUUGUUAAGGUUGGGUCUAAUAGGCUUCAGGUUGUCAUUGCCCUGAGUGGAGGGGAGCUUAUAUAUUUUGAAGUGGAUAUGACUGGGCAACUUAUGGAGGUUGAGAAGCAUGAAAUGUCGGGAGAUGUUGCUUGUUUGGAUAUUGCUCCUGUUCCUGAAGGAAGACGGAGAUCACGUUUCCUUGCUGUUGGAUCAUAUGACAAUACAAUUCGUAUCCUAUCUUUAGAUCCUGAUGACUGUAUGCAGAUUUUAAGUCUGCAAAGUGUUUCAUCACCUCCAGAGUCUCUCCUAUUUCUUGAAGUUCAGGCUUCUACUGGUGGUGAGGAUGGCGCAGAUCACCCUGCAAGCCUCUUUCUGAAUGCUGGUCUACAAAAUGGAGUUUUGUUCAGGACAGUAGUGGAUAUGGUGACAGGCCAGCUCUCAGAUGCCCGCUCUCGGUUCUUAGGACUGAGAGCACCAAAGCUCUUUUCUGUUAUAGUGAGAGGGAAAAGAGCUAUGCUUUGCUUAUCAAGUAGACCUUGGCUCGGUUAUAUACACCAAGGACAUUUCCUCCUAACACCCUUGUCGUACGAGACUCUUGAGUAUGCAGCAUCUUUUUCGUCAGAUCAGUGCGCAGAAGGUGUGGUUGCUGUUGCGGGUGACGCAUUAAGGGUUUUUACCAUUGAGAGAUUGGGAGAAACCUUUAAUGAAACUACUAUACCUUUGAGGUACACCCCUAGAAAGUUUGUGCUUCAGCCAAAACGGAAGCUUUUGGUAAUAAUAGAAAGUGAUCAGGGAGCAUUUACUGCAGAGGAGCGUGAAGCUGCAAAAAAGGAAUGCUUUGAUGCUGCUGGAAUGGCGGAAAAUGGAAAUGCUGAUCAAAUGGAGAAUGGUGAUGAUGAAGAGGAAAAUCCUCUCUCUGAUGAGCAGUAUGGUUAUCCAAAGGCAGAAGCUGAGAAGUGGGUUUCUUGCAUCAGGGUUCUUGAUCCAAGGACAACACAAACAACCUGUUUGCUGGAGCUUCAGGAUAACGAAUCUGCAUUUAGCAUAUGCACUGUGAACUUUCACGACAAGGAGUACGGAACUCUUUUAGCUGUGGGUACGGCAAAGGGCCUACAAUUUUGGCCCAAAAGGUCUUUUGAGGCUGGAUAUAUUCAUAUAUAUAGGUUUAAGGAAGAUGGAAAGGUUCUCGAACUUUUGCAUAAAACACAAGUGGAAGGAGUCCCUCUUGCAUUGUGUCAGUUCCAAGGUAGAUUGCUAGCUGGGAUAGGACCUGUACUUAGAUUGUAUGACUUGGGGAAAAAGAGAUUGCUCAGGAAGUGUGAGAAUAAGUUGUUCCCUAACACAAUCACAUCUAUUCAAACAUAUCGUGAUAGGAUUUAUGUUGGUGACAUGCAGGAGUCUUUCCACUAUUGCAAGUAUAGGCGUGAUGAAAAUCAGCUGUACAUAUUUGCUGAUGACACUGUUCCCAGAUGGCUAACUGCAGCACACCAUGUAGACUUCGACACCGUGGCAGGGGCAGACAAAUUUGGAAAUGUUUACUUUGUGCGGUUACCUCAGGAUGUGUCAGAUGAGAUUGAAGAAGAUCCAACUGGUGGGAAGAUAAAAUGGGAACAGGGAAAGCUGAAUGGUGCUCCCAACAAAGUUGAGGAAAUAGUGCAAUUUCACAUUGGUGAUGUGGUUACUUGCUUGCACAAGGCAUCGCUGAUUCCAGGAGGUGGAGAGUGCAUUAUUUAUGGGCCUGCCAUGGGCGCAUUGCUUCCUUUCACAUCUCGUGAUGAUGUUGACUUCUUCUCCCAUUUGGAGAUGCACAUGCGGCAGGAGCACCCACCUCUGUGUGGCAGAGACCACAUGGCAUACAGAUCUGCCUACUUCCCAGUCAAGGAUGUGAUUGAUGGAGAUUUGUGCGAACAGUUCCCAACUUUACCCAUGGAUCUGCAGCGAAUAAAAUCAUUUGAGAUUGCACUCAUGAAAGGUAUGGACAAUGACCUUCGUGUAAUAGAAGAUUGGCCUUGUUGA